AUGUCUACAAGGCCAUCAAAUUUCUAUUAUCCCAUCUCUGGAGUGGAUGCUGAAAGGCUACUGAAUACAUGUGGUAUCGAAGGGUCAUUCUUAGCUCGUCCCAGUGGUUCCAGUCCAUCCGACUACACACUGUCUGUUCACAAAGGUAAUCGUAUUAAGCAUGUCAAGAUACAAAAUAAUGGAGAUUGUUUGGAUUUGUAUGGUGGUGAAACGUUUGCAUCCCUUUCGGAACUUGUUCAGUUUUACGUUGAGAAUCCAGGACAGCUGCGAGAAAGGGAUGGUGAAGUCAUUGUUUUAAAAUGUCCUUUGAUAAUACCUUCAACGGAAGCUGUCGGAUGGACUUUUUCUCGUCCUUCCACAGAAAGGUGGUUUCAUGCAGGUUUAUCAGGACCGGAAGCAGAACGACUGCUUCUUGCUGAAGGCAAGCAUGGGACUUACUUAGUGAGAGAAAGUCACAGUUCACCUGGGCAAUUUGCUAUUUCAGUGAAAGCUGCAGAUGACAAAGUGAUACACGUGAUGAUUUACAGUAAGAAUGAUAAAUUUGAUAUUGGUGGUGGAGCUACAUUUUCGACAAUCAGUGAACUUCUAGAACAUUAUACAAGGAAUCCAAUGGUAGAUCAAGCAGGGACAGUUGUUAAUCUUAAGCAGCUCCUUCCGUCAACACGUGUUCCAGCGACUGGUAUUGAUACACGUUACCAUCGACUUGAGCAGGUUAAUCGUGCCACAGGAAAAGAUGGAUUUGCAGACGAGUUCGAGAGGUUGCAACAUCAAGAACCGACUCAAUUCGUAAGUCGACGUGAAGGGAAGAAGAUCGAUAAUGUGUGUAAGAAUCGCUAUAAAAAUAUCAUACCAUAUGAUCAUACUCGAAUUGUUCUCAAUAUUAAUGAUACAGAUUCUAGUGAUUAUAUCAAUGCAAAUCAUGUCGAGAUUCUUAGUGAUGAAUAUCAGGAUUUUGCUGGUUUGCGUCGAAGCUAUAUAUCAACACAGGGUUGCUUGCCGAAUACAAUUGAUGAUUUCUGGAAUAUGGUUUGGCAGCAGAAUUCACGAAUUAUCGUUAUGACAACAAAAGAAGUAGAAAGGGGAAGGAUCAAAUGUUGCCGAUAUUGGCCUCUGAAAGACGAGACAGAAAAGUUCGGAAAAAAUGGCGAGUUGGUUGUUAAGUCGAUGCAGGAAGUUGAAAAUCCGGACUACACAAUGCGCAUGAUACAAUUUAUGAAUACAAGCCAUGACAAUGAAAUCCGAUUGAUAUGGCAUUUCCAAUUUCUUGGUUGGCCGGAUCAUGGCUGCCCCACGGAUCCUAGAACUGUUUUACAUUUUCUUGAGAAGGUGAAUGAAUGUGAGGAACAUCACUGUGACGAAAAUUCCGGCCCAAUCAUUGUGCACUGCAGUGCUGGUAUAGGUCGUACCGGGACGAUCAUUGUAAUUGAUAUUCUUCUCAACCAAAUUAAGCGCUUAGGGCCACAUUGCCAAAUAGAUAUCCCGCGUACUGUACAAAUGGUUCGUGAGCAGCGAUCUGGUAUGGUACAAACUGAACAGCAAUAUCGCUUUGUGUAUCAAGUUGUAUCCCAUUAUAUGGCUGUAAUUAAUCAAAAGCUUAAUUCUGAACGUAGGGAACGUUGCAAUUCACGUUUCUCAAGUGGAUCAAAUCCCGGAACGCCACUUUCUGUUCACAGUCCAUUAACUUUUAUGUCACAAACAAGUCCCCUUUCCAAAAACUCCAGUGUAUUAACUACGCCAACAUCUAUAAGUGAUUGCGAACGCUACUAUUCAAAUACAGAUUUCGGAUCUGUGGCCCUGUCGACAAAACCGCUCAAGUUGGCACCACCGCCUUUGCCUAAAAAACACUCCAGUGUUGGAGAAGACACACGGAGUGCUGCCACUGCAAUAAUUAAUGAAAAUUUGCCUUAG